AAUGCACGUAACUAAUAAGAAGUCGUCGAAGAAGCCACCUUUCUUUUUUUCUUUUGGUUAUUUUAUUUUAGUUCGAUACGGUAAAAGAUAAGUCAUAACUCAUAGACUCAUAACCCCAGCUUGGCAGAUCUGAUUAAUCAAAGAACCGUCGAGUCAUGGUGGGUGUUGAGACUCUUGAACUGGAGAUCCAAGUGAACAUGACGGCCGAUAGAUUCUUCAAGACUUUCAAAAAGAAAGAAGGAAAUUUCACGGACAAGACAGAGGCUGUUUCUGUUCUUCGUGACGAUACCACUUCCAAUUCCUCUAUUCAGAUCUGGAACUUCAUUGUAGAUGGUAAGAUGGAGCAGAUAAAAGAGAAGAUAGAGGUAGAUGAAGAGAACAAGUCAGUUUCUUUUUUAGCUCUUGAAGGAGACGUGUUGAAGCAAUACAAUAGCUAUAGGAUAAGACUUGACGUUGUUCCUAAAAAUGAUCGAGUUUGUAUUGCCAAGUGGAAAUGGGAAUACGAGAAGCUAAACGAUGACGUUCCUCCUCCCACCAGAUACACUGCGUUCGUUGCAGAAUACACACGCGACCUCGAGACUAGGUUGUUGUCUGAAUCGUGAACAUAUCAUCAAUGUCUCCGAGUUGAUUUCCUUGUUAAGUAAACCAAAUCUUGUUAAGAAAUAAUAAAAUAAAAAUAUAGUACACAAUAAGAGUUCCCCUGUUUUGGUCAAUCGUGAGACUUGCUCACAGUUCGUCAAAAUUGUACUAUCUUUUUUUUUUGUAGUUAUUAUUUUGUUUUAUAAAGCUACAUCCGUUGUUUUAAUAUACA